UACAAAUUUGUUUAUUAAGACAUAGAUUUAAGCCAAUAUUUACUAUGCUGUCGUAUUCAAGUAUGUCUCUUUUGAAGAACUUUCGAGUGGGGCUUACAAUGGUAAGGUGCCUCACAACUUCAACACAAGUGUCGCAGACUGAUGUAUUUCAGAGAGUGAUGAAUACUUUCCCAAAUGGUGUGCAAAUGGCGUUCGCUUAUGGUUCAGGGGUGUUUCAACAGCAGGGUGGUGAUAUGUCGAAGAAUAUGCUGGACUUCAUUAUGAUUGUUGACAACCCACAUCAAUGGCAUUCAGAAAAUUUGGCGGUUAACAAUAAACAUUAUUCAUUUCUGAGGCAUUUAGGUGCUAAAGGAAUAUGCAAUAUUCAAAACAACUUUGGAGCUGGCGUUUAUUUCAAUACCCUGGUUCCAUUUGAAGAAAGAAUGAUUAAGUAUGGUGUCAUUGGCACAGAGAAGUUGAUUUCGGAUCUAGUCAAUUGGGAAACUUUGUAUGUAAGUGGAAGACUACACAAACCUGUCAAAAUGGUUAAGAAACCUACUUCUUUUCAGCUAAUCACCGCUCUAGAUAGUAACCUUUGCAGCGCACUGCACACAUCGUUAUUGCUUUUGCCAGAGACAUUUACUGAAGUUGAAUUGUUCACGAUGAUUACUGGCCUUUCAUACAGCGGGGAUUUUCGUAUGACCUUUGGCGAGGAUAAGGGAAAAGUGCUGAAAAUAGUGACUCCAAAUAUGGAACAAUUUAAGCAGCUUUAUCAUCCAAUCAUAGAAAAGAACAACUACAUUCAUUAUAACAAACAUAUAAGUAAAUUUGUAAAUUUGCAUAAUGAAGUAACGAGAUUUGAUAAUCUGAAUUCAUUACCACGAUGUGUGGUUCAGGGACUUCUGAAGCAUCAACACAAUCCAAAUAUGUAUCCCGACACGGAGGAAGUGAUACGGAAGCUUGCCAAGGACACAAACAUAGCGGAAUACGUAGCUAAAAGUGUAGCGGGGAUCGUUAAUAAGUCCAGUUGGAGCCAGAGUGUCAAAAGUGUGUUAACUGCUGGAUUUACAAAAAGCAUAAAAUACAGUUACAGUAAAGUGAAGAAAAUGGUCAGAGGCAUGAGGAAAGUUGAAAAAUGAAAAUGUCAUCAUUUUUAGACUGGGCCUAAAAAAGUACAUUUGGUUUUGGUAACUUGACCCAACCUACAAAAAAGGUGUUGACUCUACUGUUUUUAUAUUCAGUUUAAAAAAACAAAAACAAAACUAAAAAAAUAAUAUUAUUUUUUGGUGCUUUUCAAUAUAUGUAGUUUAAAACCUUCAAUGCUUUAAACAGAAGAUUGCUUUAACACAAUUUUCCAAUGAUGCAAUAACAUUUUUAUAUAAAGCCUUAUAAAAAGAUAAAAAGCCUAGCUUUUUUUGAAAAGGAUGUAACCUUAACCAAUCCAUUUUUUAGGCCGUGGUCAAAAUCAGCACUAGGUGGACUUCUGGACUUAUAUAGCAGGAGUUCUUUUAAAAGAAAUAAUGCCAGGCAAUAGUGUCGGUUUGAUGACGGUCAUUCAAUUGAUAACUAAACUUUUCCUCAGUUAUUAUUCCUUUAAUGAUAAUAUAUUGAUUUUGAAAUUUACUUUAUAUAUAUCUUUGCUUUGACACAACGAAGAAGAUCAUUGUGUAAAUUUAACCUAACGUUUAGUUGAAAAAAAUAAAAUU